GCUCUGAAGCUCCUCCUCCUACAAGUCUACAACUACAAAUUAAAUAGAUUCCAAAAACUCUCUGCGAGGUAAAGAUAGUAAGAAAGCACUAGCUCAGAUCUGAAUCGCGCCCUAGAUCUCCUAAUCCAGCUUUUCCCGCUGCAUUUUCCUCAGGAUUUCUAGUUUGCAGAAUUUAUAGUCAUGUCAAGGAGGCCAGUAAAUCCUUCCAGACGCAUUGGUGACGGUGGAAGUAUCCCAUUUGUGGGUGCAGUGCAAUCCAAGGCACGCUCAUCACCUCUACUGUCCAUAGGACUUGUGCUUGUGGGUGCAGUUCUUCUCGUCUUCUACGCUUUUAGCGGGUCAGGUGGCCAGAGCACUAAAGAGGCUGUAAUUAAACUUGAAGGUGGUUUUUCAUGUACAUUUGAAGUUCAAAGAGUAAUACCUAUACUAAAGAAAGCAUAUGGUGAUAGCAUGCGUAAGGUGUUGCACGUGGGCCCUGAAACCUGCUCAGUGGUAUCUAAAUUACUAAAAGAAGAGGAUACUGAAGCAUGGGGUGUGGAACCAUAUGACUUGGAAGAUGCUGAUGCAAGUUGCAAGAGUCUUGUUAGCAAAGGCAUUGUGCGGGCGGCUGAUAUAAAGUUUCCACUGCCAUACCGGGCAAAAUCAUUUUCUCUCGUAAUAACAUCGGAUGCAUUAGAUUACUUGUCUCCAAAGUACCUCAACAGAACUCUUCCAGAGUUGGUGCGGGUAUCUGCUGAUGGUGUUGUUAUCUUUACUGGUUAUCCAGGUCAGCAUAGAGCUAACGUUGCAGAGCUAUCCAAAUUUGGCCGUCCAGCGAAAUUGCGAAGCUCAUCUUGGUGGAUAAGGUACUUUGUUCAAACAAGCCUAGAAGAGAACGAAGUGGCCUCAAAGAAGUUUGAACAGGCUGCACUAAAGAAAUCUUACACACCUACCUGCCAAGUUUUCCACCUCAAGUCAUACCACUAAAAUCACAAAAUUGCAUCUUUACUCUAUCAGCCUCUUGGUGAAAACACCGAGUACAAAACGUUUUCAGCACCCGAAGGGUAAGUUUAUAUUUAAUGGGAAUACAGAGCCAAAUUGUGCGCACGGGUUUGAUGCAUGACCUUCUGAUCGAUCUGUGUAGGGGAAGUGAGUUCUCAUGAGUUGGCUUUCAUCCUCGCUAUGUAUUCUUUAACAUGAUGUAUUUGUUUUUCCUCAACAUUCUUGCUCCUCGUUGUUGUUGCAGUAAUAGAUUUGUUAGUACUUUCUACAUCUAUUAUUGUUUAUUAUAUUUAUAAAACACAAAGGUUGUUAUUUUGUGACUGAAA